AUGGCUUGUAUCGGGCGCCAGAACAUGAACUCAUCUCAGUUCCCGGAUGUGCUAUCGCCAUCUUUCACACGUGCUCGGAGGCCAGCCCUGAUCCCACCGAACUGUUCCCUUUCCCCAGCGGAAGCCGAAGAACUCAUUCGGACAAGAACUUAUCAGCUCCUUUUUCCGCCCCCCGAUCCCAAUCUUCUCAGGGACGCCAGACCCACCUCCCCAGCACGAUCCGACUCUACGCAUCCUGAGCUGUCCAAUUCAGCCACGGAUUCAGAGCAACGUCGGUACCAGCACUCUCAAUUCGACAAUUCGGCAUCUACAGCUGCCAUUCCACCAUCCAUAGCCCGCGACCCUCGCCGCCGGGCGCAUUGGAUCAAAGCUAGAGCACAGUAUGCCCGUGAUUGGAGUCGUCGUGGCGUUGAAUUCAGCCAAGAGAAGCGCCUCCCAUCGGGGACAGAUGUUGUGCCACCCAAAAGAAGUGCUCGAGACUUCGGUCCAAAACGGAAACAUUCUGCCUUCAUCAUCGAUGAAGAACUAAAGUGCCGGUUGGAGGACCGAGUCGGUACUCCUCACCUGAGUGAAUUGCUGCCAGGGGACGAUAUUAGCGGCCAGUUGAAUGUGGAGGAAUUGAGGAUGGGUGGUGAGGCCGCCGCAUUGGAAGAGGAAUUCAAUACCAUUCCUUCUGACACUAUCGAGGCGAGUCAUGGGAAAAUUCGUCCGAGCUGA